AUGGAAGAAUUUGGAAAGGAGUUUGGCAUCUCAUGUGAUCAUGCCAAAGUGUAUUUACCAUUUGAUGACAGGAACAAUGAAUUUGACCUCAACGCAGCGCGAGAGCAUCAUGUAUUUAUUUCUUCCUUACCUGAGCACAAGUCAACGAUGGCUAAAACUGUUCAGCAGUUGCGAGAAGCUGAAAAAGCGUUUGAUUUACCAUCAACGCAAACAGAAUCGAACUCAGACACUUGCAAUGGAACGAAAAGUCAUCAAAAGAUAGAUGGAGAAUUCAAACGUAUUUUUGAUAGCUUGUUCAGAAAAUGUGACAAGCCCAACAACACAACGACUUAUCCAAAUUUUACCAGUUUAUUUCCUGGUUGGAUGACAAUCGACAGCAGUGGGCAGAUGUAAGUGGAUAAGUGACAAUAGUGAAGAUGCAACAUUUAAAUACUAUGCUCAGAUGGUCACUUUGUUUGGCCCAUUGCAACAAAUGUAUCGUGAUGCGAUUAGGUACGGCAAUGGAAUUGCGCGAGAGGCGUCUUGGAUGAUUAUGCAGCCUCUUUUCGCCCAAUCAAACAAAAGGAACUAUCACACAGAAGCUAUGGUACACAUUGUGAACUUUCUUGCCAUGUGGCCACUUGCUACAAGAGAGCUCCUCAGAAAAAAUUGUUCAAUCAGUUUAAAUGGGCGUGUAGGACAUAAUCUAGCUCUGGAUGAGUGGGUUGAAUCGUGUAUAGUACAGCCUAUGAAAAACUACUCAACAGGUAAGUUUUAAUAACAGCAUAUAACAAUUAACAUGUAAACAUCUUCUUGUUAUUUUGUAUAUCAUCUAUCUCAUCACACACCCGGCCCACAAAUAAUCGUUUUAAAAGACGUGUUAAAUCCCAUAUACAACCUUGAAUGAUGCCAUUGACUGCAAUGUGAUAAGUGCUCAUCACGCUCUGAUAACCUAGUUAUCACACUAUUUUUGGUCAUUGUGAGUGUGUCAUAAGAUAAAACAGUGAGUGUGUGGUAUGAGAUCUAUGAGUGCGAUAUGAGAUUUAUUGAGUGCGAUUAAUAGCCACUCGGGCUGAGCUUCACUCGCAAUGUUAAAUCUCAUAUCGCACUACUACGUAUUGAUUGACAAUUAUUGCGAGAAUAAUCUCAACAUGAAAGUUAAUCGGGAGCUGCGAGUAUUUUCCUUUGUUCACAUUAUUUAUAGUUUAUUUAAUUUAUUGUAAUUCUACGAUUUCUACCUUAAAAGGAGAUUCAACAGUUCAGAUGUUGCAAAGACUUAUGGCAAACAUUGACUUGCUCAUCCAAACAAGGAAAUCAUUCCAAGCGAGAGAAGCAUUCAAUGUGCAUCCCACAACCAAACACACAGAGCAAGAUCCGUUCCCUGAUCAACCUAAGGCAGCACAUUUUAUUUUAAGGAGAAGGUUCUUUGAAUAUGUUCCAGGUAGGAAAACAGUAGAAAAGUUUGGUGAUCCCAAAAAGGCGUCAAUUUCCACUAACAACGUUGAUUGUUAUGCUAGUGGGAAAAGGAAAGUUGUGGCCACUUUCAACCGAAAAUUAUUCAACGUGUAUGGAAUAAUGAAUGAAUUAGAUGUUAAUGAGUCUGAUGAUGAAAAUAUUGGUAGUGAAUCAGAUUAA